UUCAUUUCGAGUUUUUAGAAUCAUCUCAACGGUGCGCGCGUCAAGUUGUACGCUUCUUCUCCGCUCAUUUGUAAACAUUUGUGAAUUUAAUUCCCCUACCACAUUUUAGUAUUUAUAUUGAAAUACAAUAUUUUACAUACCUGCUCUGCCGGCACCUGCAUUUACACACGUAACAGAGGCGCGCGUAUCGAAUAGCGGAAACCGCAACCAGCUUAGCCUAUACAAUAACCCGCAGUAACUCCAGCCGCAAUGUCCGCAUUCGCCUACGCCGUAUUAUUCGCCUUAAUUGUCAAUCUCUUCUUAUCAGCAACGGCACUGCGCUGCCAUCAGUGCAAUUCCCACGACAACGACGACUGCUCCCACCUGAUCGUGAACACGCCACGCGGCCAGCGCGACAAUCAGUUCCUAUUGAACUGCGACCCGAAGGGAUCGGCGCAGCCCUUCUGCCGCAAGACAGUGCUGAAGUUUGAGGUCAACGACGAGCACCGCAUCGAGCGUAGUUGUGGCUGGAUCGAGGAGAAGACCCAGAAUGUCUGCUUUACGGCGGACAGCGAGGGCUUCAAGCAGACGAUCUGCACCUGCGCCGAGGAGGGCUGCAAUGGAGCGCCGACGCAGCUCAAUGGCCCUCGUCUGUGGUACAGUCUGUCCGCCACGGCAUUCAGUUUAGUCAUGGCCGGCGUGCUGCGGCACUGAGAGGCUUAUCGUGUACCUACUGUACUGUAAAUGCAUGAGAAACUGGACACCCCUCUAAUUCGUUAACAUUCCGCACUCAAUAUAAGUUCUAUUCUAGACCACACUAAACAUCUAACAUGUUCGCAUUUAGUUUGUAUUUUAAUUUAAGUAAAAUAUUUAACAUGAGCUGGCCAAUCGUGUUUCUUAUUGCUCGCCUCUCAUCUAAUCAGCUGCUUUGCUGGCUCCGCUGUCCACCAAUUUCAUUUCUUCCAUUAAAUCUGGAUGAGCUUGAAAUUGCUUCUCGUGAUUAAAUUGUAACUGCCCCAGUGGCGCUCCUUCGACAAGUAGAAGGACAUUGUUACGCGUUGAAAGAGGCGGAACGGAAAAAGUAGCCGUGUCCAUAUCCGUGUCAGAGUCCAUGUCCUCUGCCGCGCGAACUUUGCUUAAACAGAACGAACAAAAAAAUACAGCAAUUGCUGUGAAAUUAAAGAAUAAAAUGGUCCUUUUAGAGAAAGACCCUGCUACGAAGGUGUGUCAGCAUGGCGGUAAUUAGAUUUCCAGCAAUUGAAGGAGUGCAAAUAAAUCCCAGAUACUGUCCUGGCAGUCGAAGGGUAAGCUGAAAAGCGUUGACUCUAAGUGGAGUCGAGUGCAUGUUGUUUGGUCCAAUUAUAUUUAAAUGCAACUUUAAAUAUUUCGUAUCACUUGUAGAGGUUAAGUUAAAUAAAUAAACCAACUGUUGAUACAUUA